ACCUUUCCUUCCCCGGCCCUGUCAGAGCGGAUCAGCGGGAGCGGCGCUGCGAUGGAGCGGCGAGCGGCAGCCGCCAGGAGAGGAGGAGGAGGAGGAGGGGGAGGAAGGCAGAGAUUAGCGCGGUGGCGGCUGGCGCAGAGGCGCGGCUGAGCGCUCCAGCGGGAGCGCGGGGCCCUGCGCACCGUGCGAGAGUCGGAGGCGGAAGGAGCGGGGAUGCGACUGCUCUCCCCGCGCCGCUAAACCUCCCGGUCACUCGCCCGGAGGAGGGAGGGCAGGAAGGUUCGUCCUUCUCGCUGCUCUGCGGACUCAGAGGGUGCCUGUGCUGUCCCCUCCUCUCGCUUUUAUCACAGCCCCGGAGCAGGAGCAGAAGCCGCCGCCGCCACCGCCCCCUCUCCCUUCCUGCGCUCUUCCCACCAUGAGCGGGGCUGUUUUCACCUUAUAAAGAUGGCGGUGUGGGAUCGCUGCAACCUUUAGACUAAUGACUGUCAGAAACAUCGCCUCCAUCUGUAAUAUGGGCACCAAUGCCUCUGCUCUGGAAAAAGACAUUGGCCCAGAGCAGUUUCCAAUCAAUGAACACUACUUUGGAUUGGUCAAUUUUGGGAACACCUGCUACUGUAACUCCGUGCUGCAGGCAUUGUAUUUUUGCCGGCCGUUUCGGGAAAAUGUAUUAUCAUACAAGGCCCAACAGAAAAAGAAGGAAAAUCUCUUGACUUGCCUGGCAGACCUUUUCCACAGUAUUGCUACUCAGAAGAAGAAAGUUGGAGUUAUUCCACCAAAGAAGUUCAUAUCAAGGUUACGAAAAGAGAACGAUCUCUUUGACAACUACAUGCAGCAGGAUGCACAUGAGUUUUUAAAUUACCUGCUCAACACCAUCGCAGACAUUUUGCAGGAGGAGAAGAAACAGGAAAAGCAAAAUGGCAAACUGAAAAAUGGCAACAUGAAUGAAGCUGAAGAGAACAAUAAACAAGAACUCACCUGGGUGCAUGAGAUUUUUCAGGGAACACUGACUAACGAAACUAGAUGUUUGAACUGUGAAACCGUUAGUAGCAAAGAUGAAGAUUUUCUUGACCUUUCUGUUGAUGUGGAGCAGAACACAUCAAUUACACACUGUCUAAGAGACUUCAGUAACACAGAGACAUUAUGUAGUGAACAGAAAUACUACUGUGAAACUUGCUGCAGUAAACAAGAGGCACAGAAAAGGAUGAGAGUAAAAAAACUGCCAAUGAUUCUUGCCUUACACCUCAAGAGAUUCAAGUAUAUGGAGCAAUUGCACAGGUAUACUAAGCUAUCGUACCGUGUAGUAUUUCCUCUGGAGUUACGUCUCUUCAACACAUCUGGCGAUGCUGUCAACUUAGAUCGGAUGUACGACUUGGUAGCUGUUGUUGUUCACUGUGGAAGUGGACCAAAUCGGGGGCAUUAUAUUACUAUCGUGAAAAGUCAUGGAUUUUGGCUCUUGUUUGAUGAUGACAUUGUAGAGAAAAUAGAUGCUCAAGCUAUUGAAGAAUUCUAUGGUCUGACCUCUGACAUAUCAAAAAAUUCCGAGUCUGGCUAUAUUUUAUUCUAUCAGUCAAGAGAGUGACUUGGCAAACUGUGACAAUUGCGCACAAUGAUGCUGCACGCAAAAGAAGGUGAUGGCCCCCCUUAACUGACUUUUACGCUGACAACAUCUUGUAUGGUUGAACAACGAAACACUCUGUCUCCUAUUAAAUGAUCUAUGUGACAUUGACUAUAACCGUCCAUUUUUGACAUACAGAACUCUGUUUUGGGGAAGGGGGGGUUGUUUGUAGUUUUUAAGUCUGAUUGAAGAAUUAAUUGCAGUCAGAUUUUAGUGGAAUUUAUAUGGACUAACAUUUACAGAUAAUAAGAUUUGGAUGUCAACUGUUAAACCCAAUCCAGCUAGAGUAGUAUUUUAUAUGGAAGUGUUCAUUGCAUUUAGGGCAAAAUUGUUUAAAACUUUCUAAAUGGCUUUGGGGUGUGUUGAUUUACAAAGCAUUCCUUUAAGUACGUCCUGAUGUAUACUUACCCAUUUUAAGUGUAAGGGAAAAAAAUCUAUUUCAUGAUGAUUGGGAUUGUGGUUGUAUAGGGGAUUUUUUUACGUGCUACUCUCUGCUGCAAAAGAAGAUAUUCUUCCAAAAUCACUUAAAUUUUGCGUUGUUAAAAACUUUCAGUGCAUAACCUCAGGCCUGAAAUUCACAUAGAGGGGAUUAAAUUAUGGUGGAUCUAAGUAAUUCUGUAUGUCCAGUCACUUUGUUUAUCAUGAGAUAGUACAGAUGAGGUGAGAUUUCAGAAUUUACAGAGCACUGGAAUAAAGGGAGCGAGAUGACACACAUGACAAAGAGAUAAAUUACAUUUCUAGAGGUUGAGCUUAUCUUUCUGUUAAAAAGAUAUCAUACGUUGUUUACUUAAUUGAGUUUGCAGAUUGCAACACUGCUCGCGUAUAAACAUAUCCAUCAGGACUGAAAUUACACAGUCAAUUUUAAUAAGCGUUGUUCCUACAAUGCAUAAGACAUGGCUUGAUCCUGCAAUUUUCUGAAUAUCUGUAGGUCCCAUUUUCAUUUCUCAAGACAGAGUCCACUUCUUAGCAACAUAACAUAGUACAUAACAGCCAUUAGUUUACACCCACUGUCACGUAUAGAUCUUCUCUAACAUUUUGGCCAUGUUUGACAGCAUUUGGGUCACCACAGAAAAAGAUAGGGCUCUGGAGUAUCUGAUUUUAAAAACAUCAAAAGGCUUAGUUUGUGAUUUUACUGGGUGAAUUUGGCUGGCACUAGCCAUGCACUGGCAAAUAAAACUGCUGAGCUCACAUAUUGGGAUUUGGCAAAGAAUGAAUGUAGAAGAAAGUAUCGAUAGGGUAUGAGAAGGGAUUGAUAGCAGGUUGAGGCAGUGGUGACGCUGGGUAACUACCUUGCUUGGUUUGACAGUUUCACUCCAUCAUAAAAUUCUUGUACUUCAGUAGCCUAAUUCCUAUUCCAAUGAAGUCAACGUCAAAACCACUCUCGUUGUCUUCAGGGGGGCUGACAGUUGGUUCUAGUAUUUACAAGGAAAUAUUCUCAUCUUACAAAAUUUAUUUCUACCUGUUGUAUUUCAUUCACUCUUGUUAAGUAUUUAUUAGACAAUGUUGCUUUUGGUCCUUCUUUUCUUUAAGAAGCCUGCCUGCCACUUUAUGGCCGACACUCCAUUUCAAGAAAUGGCUUUUGGAGUGCAGCUAAGUCUUAUAUUUUAGUCUUGUGUAGGAAAGAGGAUAACUUUUUUUUCUUUGUAAUCUACUGUGAAUGUGAAAUAACUUUUGUUAAAUAAUGGUGAAAAUGAAGUACUAGCUUCUAGUGUAACGUCAAUUGAAGUUCAGUUGGAUUAUCAAUGGCCAUUUUGUAAACUAAGGAACUGUAGCACUUUAAACUGAAUGAGAAACAGAAGUGGACUUUUCAUCAAACAUUAUUUGUGAUUUAUCCUGUUAUAAUACCGGUACAAGAAAACAGACACAGAAUGUAACCUUAGAGUAUUUACUUAGGUGAAGCAGAGAUCACUCACAUGAACGAAGGUUAGUGUGCAGGCUCAAGACAAGCAUAAUUGGGCUGUAGCUCCAGCUCUUUUAUUGAUGUUAGAAUGAAAUGUUCUGUCUCUAAGACAGAAGACAGACAUCUUACAGGUGACUUCAACUCUCACUGAGGCCCGAGAGCUUUUCCACUGAAAAGCUAAACCUGCAAAUCACUCUUUAAUGGAUUUAUUUAUAAGCAUUCAGAAUUUCUAUAUAAAAAUAUAAUAAUCAUUUGCCUUUUAAAAUGGGUACGGUUUCCUCGUGAAUGAAGGCACUUUCUAGAUCAGCAUUAACCAAUGCUGGUCCAAAGGUCUGUACUUCACAGUUUACUGCUGAACAUUCUUAGGGCGUUCUUCAAUUUUAAAACAAGCAACAAAAAAGAUAUUCUUGAGGUAUCAUUUGUAUGUUUAGGGCUCAUGUUUAUAUGAAAAUCAUUUUUUCAUAAAAAUAAUUUUUAAAUCAGUUCAGUUUUAGGAAAUGUUUUCCAUAUUUCGAUCGACUUACCUGAAAAUUGCUUUUUUUGUGUUAGGAUUAUGAAUCAAUAUUUAAAUGCUAAAGUACAGGAUAAUAAUCUUUGGUUUUCCUCAGCUGCAAGACAGCUCUAGGUUGUAAAAACAUACAGAUAAUUGCAGUAUGUUAAUGAGAGUAAAAUUACUAGAACAAAUCUUUUCCUAAAAUAUGAAAAUCCAUUUUAAAUUCAUGGUAGCCGAUGAGAAGAUCACAGCACUGGUAUCACACCAACCCAACAUCAGUAGUCCGACAUCAACUCUGAAAAAUUGUAGAAUACUCGCUUUAUGGUAACACCAGCUAAACAAAGGAGAGUUUUCUUUUAAUUAAAAACCUAAAAUUGCAGUCACAAUUCUAUAAAUUAUAUCUAAUCUACAGUGUGCUGAAUUUCUUGACUUCAGUCCAGCAAAAGCGUUCCAUCAUGGCUGGAUGAAGAGUGCCAGUCUAGGCAGCAGAACUUCCCUUCUCUGUUAAAUUAGGCACAUUCACACGGGUUUUGCAGGACUGGGAUCCUCAUAGGAACAGUCAUAUGAUGUAACGUAUUUCAGCUGAUUAAAUAAAACAUAAUCCUUUUUCCCUUUGCUUAUGUAGAGAUUUCCACUCCCUUAUGAAAGAAUGGAAAAAUAUCUAGGACAAUAAAAGCUUUUCAGCCAGCAGCUAGAAAACAAAAUUGUAGCACAGAUGUCUAAUAGUAUUCUGUGCUUCCCUAAAAUGACUAUUCUUAUGGUGUUGGGUUAUGAGUAUGUUGGGCCCAAUGACAUCUGAAGUUUUCUACUUCUUUCACACACAGUUGCUGAGAUGCAUUUGCCCAUUUAUAAAUCUCAUUACUGUGUUCUUCCUUAUAAAAAUGAACAUUUUUGUCCUGUGCUGUUUUUCCAUCGAAGCCAAUGAAGCACUGCAGUGCUGAUGAAUCAGUUAUCUUAGAGGAUGAGCUCAGACCUCAACUUUUAUGUUUCACAGAACAGGCUGUCAGGAUUUUAUGUAAUUUCUAUUUUUGGGACGUAGCAGAGGGAGGCAGAAGAGGGGAGUGAUGGAGAAACCAUACCAGUGAAGCAUAACACCUUGUUGAAAUUAAGUCCCCUAAUUACUCCUGUCAAUUUUAUUUUAAUAAUUUACAGUUAAAUUAGAGCAUUAGAUUACAUCUUAAAAGUCCUGUUCCUUUAGCAGUUGGAGUAAAGAAAAUAAAGCUGUAGGUGUUUCCUUUGCAUUAAGUUUAAUAAAUAUAUUAAAGACCUAACUAAGCCGAAACUGAAAUUUACAUUACGUGGUGGGUCCUAAAGUGCUGCCACAACCUGUCUUUGGUCUUCAGACAUUACAUUGCAUUCCCCCAUCUGCUACAGCCUCGUGUACCUGGGACCUGAGCCGACAGCUUCCAGCUGCCAGGGAUGUGAUGCUCUCGGCAGCAAACCCUUCUUGUUUUGUCUCUUCUUUUGCUGCUUGCGGCUGACAAGUGAGAGCAGCAUCUUACAGCUGAACGUGUGCUGGAAAUUGUAGCAAGUUUUGGCUGUGGACCUGUUCUUUGCUGGUACCGUUUAUCAGUGUGUGUUUUAAUUUAUUUGUUGCUCUGUUAUUGUAUUUGUAUAAUAAUUUAUGUAGUUAAUACUAUUAGUUCUCUGUUUUAAUUUUUACGUACUUUAUUUUUUUUUAAAAUGUAAUCAACCCAAGCACUUUAAGCAACAAUGUCAAUCUUGUGAAAUUCCAAUCAGAUUAACAUUUCGCCUUUGUCUUUUUGCUUUUGCAGCUGUUUGCUUGUGAUCCAACCUCUCUAGUUACAACCCAAUUUCCAUUUUUAGCCUUGUAGUCCUAGUUGGGCUGUAAAUUUGGGAAGCCCAGAUUUGUUCGUACAUAACAAGGGUUUACUAUGUCUCUGCUACACGUAGGAGUGUGUACCUGACGAGUUGCACUCACAGUGCAUGUUUCACUGCCUGUUUUGCCCUCUACCUGCUAACCCAGCUGAGAAUUGCUGUAAUACUUUAAUCCGUGGCACAGUUACCAAUGAUUAUAAUUUAGAAAAGCUCCAUUUCUCACAGGAGAAUUCUCUUUUACCAAACACAGAGCGAGCUGUCAAUCAUCUGAUGAUACAGAUACUGCACUCUUUGCCAUUUUACCUGUCCUCUGUACAGUCUCAAAUAUGAAUAAUCUCAAGAACUGCAUUUAUUCUUGGCCCUUGCGUGAGCGCUAGCAAGGAGAGCAGUCUUUUUGCAUCCUCCUUCUCUUCACUUGGGCUCGUAUAAAGGGAAGAGAUAAUG